GCUCCCGCGCGUAACAGACCAACUGACUAAACUGAGACUAUCCCGUUGAGUGAGUGGAUGAGAUUUGCCCGGGCCUUCCUUAUAUAACUCUAUCGGCUAUUUAUGGCUGUCUCAACUGAUUUACCAGUAUAGAAACCAUUCACCAAAGCCUCCGGAUUUGUACAAAGUGUCUGCGUGUGCGUGUGAUGCAACUGUCACCUGGAGAAUACAAAGUGAAUCUGGCAACCUGUACCUCGGCGUCUGUGAAGGUUUGAUCUCGCAAAAUUCCUCUUCAAAUAACCUAUAAAGUUUAAAUUCUCAUCCCUUCUAGUCUAUCUCCGCAUUGCUAUGUGCCUCUUUCAUCUCACCAGGGAGAAAGGCGGAGACACGAAGGAAAAGAGAAGAACGAAAACGUAGAAAAUUAGUGAGUGGUCAGUGAAUAGAAAACAAGAAGAGGAUGUAAAUAAACAGGAUGAAUCAGAACGGUGAUAGGCAUGACCGUUCACGCGACGUACAGGUGAUGGAGAUAUGGUCAGGGUGGAAGGCAGAUAAAAAGACCCCCCAACUCAGCCUUAUCGCCCUCGACAGAUAACGACGAUAAUCAUAGUGCUAUCGAAUCCAAAGUCACGGCCAGAGACGGUGGCCCUUCUAUCACCGCUCGGACGGGUCUCACGCAGAAGGUGCCACUAUAACGACACGGCCAAAGUGAUAUUAAAAAGCGAAAAAUAGAAAACUAUGUGGGUAUCAGUGCUAUAUUUGAUCACCACGGUCCUCCUCGCGUAUGGACUGAGGCAUGUGCUGUUGCGCGAGGCGAGGAAGCUGCACGGCGUGUACAGCGAACCAGACGUAUGGUUUGUGUACUGGGUGCGAUGGCUGUGUAAAGUGGUGGAGGUGUGGGCGCUCCAGGUGUCUCGUCGGCGGAGAGUGAAUAACUAUGACAUCACUGGUACCUCCUACGAGCUGUGCGGGAUUGAAGCCACGCCCUCGGAGAAAGAGCUCGAGCAGCCGAAGCCCCUUAUCACCGACAGGCAUGAGGACAGCAUGCUGAUCUGGGGCGCCGACGAGGCAGGGCGCGGCGUGGUGGCCCGGGUGGUGAGGCAGACCCAGCGACGCGCAUCCGUCCUCCUCACCGUCGUGGACCAGACUGGCGACGUCUACACGUUGCCCAACCAGCCCGACUCGAACUUGGUCAACGUCACGGGCGGUGGGUGGAGGGGAGGAGGCCUGAGUUUGCAAUGCGUGGACCCCAUGCGCUGCUGGAGACUUAAAUUCAAUGGCUUGUUGAGGCGUGGACCACGAGAGGAGUACAUCACGGACGACGAGGACGACACGGACGACAGUGAGGUCAUCCACGCCCGCCUCGACCUCCUCUGGCGAGCCGCCCGCUGCCCCGUCGACGUGUUCAAUGACGCCAGCCCACUCCUGCUCGCCCACGCCCUCGCCAGGGAACCUGCGGCCUCCGUCAAGCUCUUUACAUCCCUGGAACGCGAUGGCUACGACCAGUGGGGAGCCCUUCACGGCAUGGUCACCCUGAAGGACAACUCCGAAGAAUGGUACCUCAGGGGAUGUCGCCAGCACAGGUGGGGCAUAAGCGAGACUGUGGCCAACUUCUACCGGUCUGUAGACAUCUUCAGCUAUUUUCACAACGGGGAAGUAUGUUCCCUCCAGGCUAUUUCCUACACGUCUGGGCUCUCGCACUAUGUGGUCGGAUAUGUACAAGAGGCUUCGGGGAGGUAUCGGCCUGUAACCUCUACUACGCUCAGCCUUCCUGAUUUAGCCGAAAAAGCCCCCAUCCCUAAGAACAUUCUGACGAGAUUUACAACCAGUUCCGGAAAGUACGAUUUGUGGCACAAACUCGGCCCUAAAGUCACCCAUUACACGGGAGAUCCUUGGUCGCUUUGUCACGUUCUGAACUUCAAUUCUGUAGCUAUUAAUCACUCUUUCGGCUAUGGCAUCACCCUUUUUUCUGACAGAUUUAAAGGCCUUUGUCCAGUGCCAGAAAGGGAAUGUUUGCCUGCGCUGGUUGAGCCCCGGGUGGAGAUCGACGAAGCAACAACGCCCCUUGUGUUACCUCUCAUAGAUCAGCGGACACGUGCUACAUGUCUGACGGGAGGCAAGGCGUCCUCCCUAGCCUUCCUCAUGUCCCUCAAAGACAUUACUGAUGAUGAAUAUGAGGUUCCCGAUGGUGUGGUGGUGACGGUGGCAGCUUGGAGGCAGCAGUUAAAGGCCUUCCCGGAACUGCAGACAGCGGUGAGGGGCGUCGAGAAAGCCGUCGGAUGCUCACAGCAGGCACAGCUGAAGGAUGCUUGCGCCAGAGCUGUGGAGAGCUUCAAAUCUACGCCCGUCUGUCCAAAGGUGGAGGAGGCACUGAGGCAAACUCUCGAGGAAACAUUCGAACAAAACUGCCAGUCUCGCAGAUUCGCCGUGAGGUCUUCCGGGUGCAGCGAGGACGGUGAGGAGACUUCAGCGGCGGGCCAGAACGAGACUCAGUUGGGCGUCGUGGGCGUAGAGAACCUACUGCGUGCCCUGGCUGCGUGUUGGGCUUCCCUCUUCACCUUUCAGAGCGUCGAGUACCGCAGGCAGCAUGGACAGGCAGUGGAUGGCGGAAUGGGCGUUGUAGUGCAAGAGAUGGUGGAAGCAGACGCAGCUGGGGUUCUGUUCAGCCUCGACCCCGUCACCGGAAGCCCUGCCAGCAUUACCAUUACCGCCAACUAUGGGCUGGGCGAGAGCGUGGUGUCCGCAGCCGCAGAGCCCGACACGGUGACAGUGACAAGGUCAUGGCGAAACCAGUUGACAAUGGCAUCCCGGACCGUCGGUGCCAAGAAGGUCAAGUGCGUCAUGAAAGAGGGCGGCGGUACCCUGGAGGAGGAAGUUCCGUCAAGAGAGCGGGAGCGCGUGUGUCUCUCGGACGCCCAGGCCAUGAAGCUGGCUCGCCUUGCGGUCUUCCUCGAGCGUGCCUUCGGGAGCCCCAGGGACGUGGAGUUCGCAGUGACCAAGGACGCUCUGUACCUCCUCCAAGCCCGGCCAAUCACGACGCUAGAAUCCUGGACUGACUUCGAAAUCCUUCACGAACAGGACAAUGCGCUCCUCACUGAUCACGAGCUCCUCACUAAGGCCAACGUUGGCGAAGUUCUCUAUGGACGGAUUUCCCCCUUAACCCUGUCGAUUAUGCCAUCCGUCCUCGACACGGUUUUCCAGAGAGAGAACCUUCGAUGCAUCUGGCCGGCGAUUCCCUUCGAUCCCCACCACGUGAAGCUCUGCCCGACGUUUGCCUCCCAGUUCUUCCUCAACAUGAUCGAGAUGCAAUACCAUCACAACCAAGGCAAUGAAGUGAACGCCACGAACCAGGCUAUUGACCUCGCUGUGCACGGGUACGAGGUCACGACCCCGCAGUUCCUGUCGUGGGGUAUCGAGCGCUAUGGAAUCAUGACUAGGAUGACGUUCCUUCAAGUCAUGUUCAACUUAAUUUAUGACAAGUUCUGCAACGGCGGCCGAGUCAGUAACUGCCGCCAGAAGUUCGGAGAUUACAACCUGGAUCAGGGAAGGAGGACUUUGUCUCCCGAAACGCUUUAUUCGGAUAUCACUCGUCAUCUCCCAGAUUUAGUUGAGGCGGGCCACAACCACGUCCUCACGAGCAAAUUCAGUUCCAGCAGCCAGUGCAUCGCCCUCCAGAUGCUAGCGGAAGACAACAAGGAGCUGAGCGAGGAUAACAGGACCGACAUCGCCGUCCUCCUCUCCUCGUGCACCGGCAUCGAAUCGGCGGACGUCCCGACGGCGCUCAAGGCCUUAGCUCGCGUGAUCGCCGAGAACGAGGAGUUGGACGACUUCCUCGGAAUGGCAGACGACGAGGCUCAGGUGUGGCUGGAGAGCGACCCGGGCCUCGUCGGCAGCGCCUUCAGGGCCUUUCUCGCUAAGCACGGACAUCGCUGCGUCAAGGAGCUCGACCUCCACUCUGUGUCCUGGGGAAUGGACCCUCACACGCUCGUCCAGACUCUACAAGUGAUGGUGCGGAAUCCCAGUAGCUACACGAGUGUGAAGAAAGUGACUUCCAUUGACCAAGCUCUUGACAGCAUUCGAAGUCAGGUGAAGCCCAAGACCAGACGCUCGCUCAAGUUCGUGCUUCCCAUGUGCCGCGAGGCCGUCGUGAACCGCGAGGCCACGAAGUCUCUCAUAGUGAAGAUCCUCGACGGACUAAGGAAAGCGUACAGACGCUCGCUCAAGUUCGUGCUUCCCAUGUGCCGCGAGGGCCGUCGUGAACCGCGAGGCCACGAAGUCUCUGAUAGUGAAGAUCCUCGACGGACUAAGGAAAGCGUACAGAUCUCCGCGAGUCAGGCCCUCAGCGUAUCUCCUGACGGCAGCGAGCUCGUCCUGCAGGGAACUCCCGUGUGCCAGGGCUUGGUCACCGCCCCGGCCAGGGUUGUUACGGAUCUUAAGGAUGCAGUGAAUAUACAGAACGGCGACAUCCUGGUGACGCACAGCACGGACGUCGGCUGGACUCCCUUCUUCCCCUUGUUGUCUGGAGUUGUCACGGAGAUCGGCGGCUUGGUCUCCCACGGUGCUGUGGUUGCGCGCGAAUACGGGCUUCCCUGCGCGGUCGGGGUAACGUCAGCGACUUCCAUUCUGCGUUCGGGUGACACCAUCAUUCUCAACGCCACGAAGGGAACUGUUACCAGACUGGAAGUUAAGGCAACGUCAGGGGAUUAAACUCAGGAGACACUAGAGCUCGAAUGCAUUUAUUUUAUCGUCGUACGUGAAUGAUUUUCUUUGUACGGGAGUGUGUAUAAGAGCUUUUAAGUUAUCUGUUUUUUGUCUGUGUGUGUAAGCGUGUGUGUGUGUGUGUGUGUGUGUGUGUGUGUGUGUGUGUGUGUGUGUGUGUGUGUGUGUGUGUGUGUGUGUGUGUGUGUGUGUGUGUGUGUGUUUAUGUACGACGAUUAAAGGUAUCUUGAUAUGGGUUUUACCUCAACGGAUAAACGUUUUCAAUGUAUCUUAAGCAGAAUUUAAAACUACGUUUUUGUGUCAUGUAUAUUUUGUUGAAGUUGUAUGUAUAAAUCUUGUAUGAA